AGGAAGGCCUGGAAUGCCAAGCACCUUUAUCCUAAUUAGUUUUCCGAGCGACACCAUCCUGUCAGCCACAGCAGCCGUCUUGUCCCACAUGUCUGGACGCCAUGAGCUCCAGGACGCUCCACAAACUGUCCUUCUGUUUGAGCGUGCUCCCCUUCUUUCUUUGCGCCGAUGUGGCGCCCGCCAAGAAGACGGGCUGCUUCAGAGUCAACAACUGCAAGUGCAUCAUGAAGGACGGCAGUGGCGUCAUAAACCUUCAAGCCAUGGGAGACUCGGACGGGUUUCUGGGGCGAAUGAAACACGUCCCUGCGGACGACACGCCGAUGGGUGAAGAGAUCCUGCUGACUUUUAGUCCAUGCCAACCUUUCUCGCAGCCUGAAGACCUGACGGGAAGUGACUGCACUAACGUGGCUGCCUGCCUCGUUGUCAGGUAUCAGAGGUCCAGCAGCUACAUUUACCGCUAUCUCAACUUUGGUGGUCACGACGGCAAUGCAUUCCAUUACAACGACACUCUGAGGACGCUGUCAGUCUCUUAUUUUGGACACAAAGAACUUCCAACCACCAUCGUUCAUUAUCACUGCAAUCCAAACCAGUCCUCGUCCUUCAUCCGAGACCAGAUGUUGAAGGAGGAAGAGGUGCUGAACAUCUGGGUGGAGAGUCCGUGUGCUUGUCCCAACGCUUGUGCCAUCGGCGACCUCGGACUUGGGACCAUCUUUCUCAUCAUCCUUUCUUUAAGCGCUGCCGCUUACUUCAUCAUUGGCUCUUGUGCUCUCAGACCUUUUCGCAGCAGCAGUGGAGUUCAGAUCUCUCCAGAACACAACGUCUGGUGCAUGAUUUGCUUCCUCUUCACUGAAAACAGGCCGGCAAGGAAAUACUACGCAGACGUGAAACAUGAAGAGGAACGCACAUUGUCUGAGUCCGUCAAAGUUUAGCAACAAUCAUCGUAUCAGGACAACUUUUUUUUUUUUUUUUUACCUGAAAACAAGAAUAUAUCAAUGUUUACUCUGAUUUGUUGUGUGUAAAAAUGUUUUAUGUCAAAGCUAGCACAGCUCGUAGGUUUAAUGUGCACAAUUAAAUACAGCAUAUAUGCUCAAACA